AACGUGAUAUCUACAUCCUGAACGGCUACGCCCCGCUGAACGAGGUCAGCCACGGAAGCAUAGAAGCCGAUCACCACGAGCGUGCCGCAGCCCAUAAGGCCCUACAAACCCAGUUCUGGGACACGUGUCGAGCGGCCCUCCGCCAGAUCCCGCAGCGCCUGGCCCUAAUCUUCAACCUGGAUGCCAACGCUGCCAUGUCCCCAUCCCUGCCGAACGUGGGCCUCGCUGGACAGAGACGCCGCUAUGCAGCCACCAACACCAACGGCUCGCGCCUACUGGAACUCCUCCAGGACUACCACAUGACGGCCCUGAACACGUUCGGCAAGAGCUCUCGCCAGAACGGCACGUGGAAGCACACGGUGGGCAAGGGAUGGACCACCAUUGACUACAUCUGCACCCGCUUAGCAGGCUCCUACGGCAAGCACGCAGCCCCUCUACAACAGCUGCCAGUUAGCCUUGGCGGAUACCGCGACCACCGGCCAGUCGAAGCCUACGUGUACGCUGGGCCCCGUGCGCGUCGCCUGCCUGGGGAGAAGCCCCUGCGGUGGAACCGCGAUGCCAUGGUGAUGCGCACAACCCUAGCCCAGAUGAUGACGGACAGCGGCCUCACUAACAAUUGGUGGAUGACGUGUGGCGAGGUGCUGCGCUUCGCCACCCCCUCGGAAUACUUCAACGCCGUGGAGCACGCCAUCAUUGAGGCUGCCGCCCCGCACUACGUCCUGGCACCCACGCAGACCACGCGCCCGAAGCUGACGGACACCACCCUGGCCCUGAUCGAUUCCAAACACACCAUCCAGAGACGCAUGGCUAUGAUCGCCGACCCCGCCUGCACGCGCUUCAUCGAGUUCCAGACCCAGUACGACGAGGCGGCCAGGGCGGCCGCCAAGGCCGUACGCUCGGAACGCCGACGACGUCUCGCUGAGACAGCGACGGAGGCCGAGGUAGCGGACGCCACCAUGAACCUGCGCAAGCUCCACAGCAUCGUUCGCCGCCUAGCUCCGAAGCCUACGGUACCAGUCAUCACGGUAACCAGCCCCACUACGGCGACGGUAUGCAUGGACGCCGAGGAGGAGACCCACGCCCGCACCAAAGCCCUCUGCACGAACCUGGAGGGGGAUGGCAAGAACGCCCGCGACCACUACCGCACCAUCAACCUCAUCAACCACAUUGGCAAAGUCUUCAUGAACGUCACCGUCAUGCCCUCCCUCCGCAGCCUGGCCUCGAAGCUCUCGACCACGCAGUUCGGCGCGCUGGCGGGCCGCUCUACUCGAGAUGCGCUGGCGGUCGUCGCCGAAGUUAUCCGACGGUUCCGAUUCCAUGGCCGCGCGUCCAAGCUGGGCUCCGCAAUCCCGGGCAUGCUCGUAGCGGUCCUGAUAGACCUCGAGAAGGCCUUCGACCUGAUCGAUCGCGACGAGAUCUGGACUGCGCUCGAGGCCCUCGCCCUGAGCCGCGAGGUGCGCCUGACAGUGGAAGAGCUACGCGAGGGCACAUGCUACAUUGCUCGUGACAUCCGCACCAACCGGCCCAUCAAAAAGCUCUUGAUCCCACGCGGAGUUCGGCAGGGCAGUGUGGAGGGCCCGCUGCUGUUCAUAGCCGUCUACGACCUUCUCACUUCGAAGCUGGAGCAGAGCCAGGCAAGGACCGAGUUCCCCGAGAUCUCUGUGAUUUUUGACCCAGAACUGAAAAAGAUACGCCAUCAG